AAGAAUGUUUUAUAAUAGUUUCUACAAUUAUAUUAUAUAAGAAAAAAAAUGACAAGUAUGUUAAAAUGGUUUUUGUUAUGUUUUGUGGGAGUGUCUUGUGAUUUGCCUACAAACUGUUCAUAUGAAGAUACUGUUGGAUCAUGGAUAUUAUUGACUAGUCAAAAACAAUAUUCAAAUAGAAUUAACUGCAGUCGAUCAUUUGAUGUUGCAUCAAAACUUAAAGUUGAACUUUUGUUUCCUAAUUAUGUUGUUGAUGAACAUGGGAAUGUAGGUACCUGGACUAUGAUUUAUAAUCAAGGAUUCGAAAUUAUUAUAAAUGGUCGUCGAUAUUUUGCAUUUCAAUAUAGCUUUCAAGUUUCACCAACACAAUGGGCCAGCAAAUGUAGUGAAACUUUUAAUGGCUGGGUUCAUGAUAUAGUACCUGAUCAUCCAACAUUUCCUCCCAAAAACUGGGGAUGUUACAGAGGUAAAAAACUUAAUGGUGAAACUAAGUUAAAGAUUUCAGAUGUUCCACCUGUUUCUGUCUUACAAAUGCAACCAUUAUCAAAAGUUAAAAAUUAUGUAAACCAAAUAAACAGUGUCCAGUCUUCAUGGAAAGCUUCUGUUUAUGACCAUUCAAUACUUUCAGAUAUGGUAAACUGGAGAAGAGGUAGCUUAAGACAACUUCCUCGUAUAAAACCAAGAGAAUUAACUGAUGAAAUGAUGCUUAUGUCCGAAAAAUUACCUGUUAGUUUAGGCUGGAGAAAUAAAGAUGGUAUAAACUAUAUUUCACCAAUUAGAGAUCAAGGUAAUUGCGGAAGCUGCUAUGCUUUUGCAUCUAUGGCUUUAUUAGAAGCUGGUGUAAGAAUAUUAUCUAACAACACAUUAAAACCAGUAUUUUCUGCUCAAAAUAUUGUUUCAUGUUCACAGUAUUCUCAAGGCUGUGAGGGUGGAUUUCCAUAUUUGGUAGCAGGUAAAUAUGCACAAGACUUUGGUGUUAUUGAGGAGUCUCAAUAUCCAUAUACAGGUAAUGAUUCAAAAUGCAAUGCUCCACCAAAAGUUGAGCGAACUUAUGUUUCUUCAUUUGGUUAUGUGGGAGGAUUUUAUGGAGGGUGUAAUGAAGUUCUGAUGAGAGUUGCUUUAAAUAAAAUUGGUCCAUUAGCUGUGAACAUUGAAGUUUAUCCUGAUUUACAAUUUUACAGGAGUGGCAUAUACCACCAUACUGAGCUAGAUUUUAAAUUCAACCCUUUUGAAAUAACAAAUCAUGUUGUAGUUGUUGUUGGUUAUGGUGAAGAAGAUGGCCAAAAAUAUUGGAUUGUAAAAAAUUCUUGGGGUGAAGAGUGGGGUGAGAAAGGCUACUUUCGCAUUCGACGAGGAACAGAUGAAAUUGCUAUUGAAAGCUUAGUAGUAUAUGCUGUGCCUUAUCUUUUGAAUUUAAAAAAAUGAAACUUUUUAAUGUUUUUUUAAUGACAACAACUUUUUAAUGCAAAAAACUUUGAAGAAUUUUAUAUUUUAUUUUGUAGAACCAAAUUUUAAUUAUUUUUCUACUUUU